AUGAGUAAUGAUCCCUACUAAUGGCCUUUUCCUAAACGUACUGAUCUAAUGAAUUUGCAAACAAUCAGUAACUCAUAUUAUUAUAACAAGUUAAUUAGAAAAUUCAAAGCAAAUCCUCACCCCAAGAGAAACAUCCAAUAAUCAUGAUGUUGAAGGAUCAGUUGCUAAAAAAUGCAAUUAUUAUCAUAAAUAAGAUUUUAUCAACAAAAAUGAUGACAUUGAAGGAGCAAGAUCAAAGUCAAAUAUACGUCCUUCCAAUAGAGCUGAUCUACAGUUAGCUUUAGAUGACAUCAAAGGCACAAGGCCAAAUAUUGUUAAAUUUUAAACUUCACGUCAUCCUCUUAAUCCUCUCGAACCAUAAUAUAAGCUCCCCACUUUUAUGGCCUCUCAACCAGAUCCACCUAAAUUUAUUAGAGAUGCUCAUAACAUUUAAGAUAUCCAAGGAGCUUAACCUAAAUAAACACAUAAAAAACUCAUUAUCAAAGAAUCAGAACAUGAAGAUAUUUAUGGAUCUCAUCAAAUUCCAAGAUUUCAACCAAAAGGUAGAGAUUAAGUUUAAUGUUUAUAGAUAAAAUUGACUCUCUUUAUGUUAAAGAUAUUAACGAUUAUUUAUUACAUAAAACUACCAGAAUUUCAAAUCCACUUGAACCUACAUAUGAACAUUAUGAUGAAAAAGGGUAAUCAUUUUUUAUAAAUUUAGAAAUAAAAUAAUUAUUGGUAAUAUAGAAGGAAGUCAAAGUAAACCACUUUAUUUGAAGGAACAAAGGCAAAGUCUACUCAUAUAAGAUAUUGAUGGCACUUAACCUGGAUCUUUGUCAUCUCGAUUCCUAAGGACUGGGGACAGGAAAGAUUAUCGUGAAACUAACAGUCUUGCAGAUUUGUAAGCUGCAAAAUCAGGUUCUUUGAAAAAAGGAUUGCCUAAUGUUCGAUAUACAAAUCCUUUGAAUCCCUAGUAUUAAAUCCCAGGUUAAAAGGAGAUUUAUGGAUCCGUUUUCACAUAAACUGCAUAAAAUCAUUUUACUAAAGCUGAACAAUUAGAUUAAUUCUUAAAGAAAAAAUGA